AUGAGGGACAACAUGAAGAAACCUGCUCUACUACACAGUCUUGCAAAUGCUUUCUUUGUGCUGAUUCUGUGCGGCUUUGCACAUGCCGCUGACCACCGUGAGAAUUUUGGGACGGAUUGUCUCGACUUCUUCGGCCCAGCAUGCAAUGAUGGAUUUGACACUGGUGGCAUGACCAGAAAAAGCUUUCCAGACGGAUUUAUUUUUGGGACGGCAACAUCUGCAUACCAAGUUGAAGGAAUGGCUAGUAAAGAUGGAAGAGGACCUAGCAUUUGGGAUGUUUAUGUUCACCAACCAGGAAAUAUUGCCAAAAAUGCCACCGGAGAAGUUGCUGUUGAUCAGUAUCACCGUUACAAUGAAGACAUUGAUCUUAUGAAAAAGUUGAACUUCGAAGCAUACCGGUUUUCGAUUUCGUGGUCCAGGAUCUUUCCAAAAGGAACAGGAAAAGUGAACUGGAAAGGAGUUGCUUAUUAUAAUAGAUUGAUAAAUGCCAUGCUGGACAAAGGAAUCACUCCGUACGCAAAUCUAUAUCAUUAUGAUAUCCCAUUGGCUCUUCAAGAAAAAUAUAAUGGGUUGCUGGACUGCCAAGUUGUGAAGGAUUUUGCUGAUUAUGCUGACUUCUGCUUCAAGACAUUUGGUGAUAGAGUUAAAAACUGGUUCACAUUCAACGAACCAAGAGUUAUAGCUGCACUUGGAUUUGACACUGGCGUAAAUCCUCCUUCAAGGUGUUCACCAGGAAUGGGAAAUUGCACAGCUGGAGACUCCGGAACCGAGCCGUAUAUUGCCGCACACCACUUGAUUCUAUCUCAUGCAGCAGCAGUUCAAAGAUAUAGAGAAAAAUAUCAAAAAACACAGCAGGGAAAGAUUGGAAUUCUAUUGGAUUUUGUUUGGUACGAGCCUCUUACUAGAUCAAAGAAAGACAAUAAUGCAGCUCAAAGAGCAAGAGAUUUCCACAUUGGAUGGUUUUUACAUCCUUUUACAUAUGGUGAAUAUCCAAAAACGAUGCAAGAAAUUGUUGGAGAAAGGCUUCCAAAAUUUACACCGGAAGAAGUAUUGAUGGUGAAAGGCUCGAUUGAUUAUGUGGGUGUAAAUCAAUACACAACUUACUACACGUAUGAACCCGAUACCAAGCCUCAACCCACAGCCUAUUCAAAUGACUGGAAUGCGAUUUUCGCUUAUGAUCGAAGAGGGGAGCCAGUUGGUCCACGGGCAAACUCUCCCUGGCUUUACAUGGUACCUUGGGGUUUAUACAAUGCCGUGACAUAUGUGAAAGAGCGUUAUGGAAAUCCUAUCAUGUUUCUUUCAGAAAAUGGAAUGGAUGAUCCGGGCAAUCUCACGUUUGCUGAAUCGUUACAUGACACCACAAGAAUCAAUUAUUAUAGAGAUUACAUAUCACAACUGAAGAAGGCUAUUGACGAUGGAGCAAAUGUCCAAGGCUACUUCGCUUGGUCACUGUUGGAUAAUUUUGAAUGGUUAUUGGGAUAUACUGCUAGAUUUGGCAUAGUAUAUGUUGACUUCAAUACCCUGAAGAGGACCCCAAAGAUGUCUGCCUACUGGUUUAAGCAGCUGGCUAAACGAGAAGAAUAAGCACUAAUAAAUUUGUUCUUAUGUUUAGAUGUUAUCUCUCCUUUAGGUUCUAGGCUUUUUAUGAGUUUUUCUUUAGGUUCGAGGUUCUUGUAAA